AUGAACUAUGUCCGAGUUGAUGGUGCCAUAGCUCUCGUUCGGCAAAUAGGGCCAGGUUGUUUACUUGCUAAAACAGAUAUUAAAAAUGCCUUUCGCAUCAUUCCUAUUCGACCGGAUAGUUUUGAUCCACAUGGCAUCUGCUGUGAGGGUGAAUUUUACUAUGACAAGGCCGUACCAAUGGGUUGCUCAUCAUCAUGUCGCACAUUUGAAAUGUUUAGUACAGCUUUGAAAUAUGUUGCACAACACCACUUCGAAAGACCACAUCUUAUCUAUAUAUUAGAUCAUUUUUCGUUCACUGCACGUACAUUCAGCCAAUGCCGCAUUAGCCUGGAGAAAUUUGUGCAGUUGUGUGACUUCUUGAGUGUGCCAAUUGCGCAUGAUAAAACGGCUGGCAAACACAAUGUUCUUACUUCUGCGGGUAUCGAAUUAGACACAUUACGGAUGGAAGCUCGAGUGCCCAAAGAUUAA